UUGUUUUGCCAAACAGCAGCGUUUACUACUGGUCUUACUCGGAAUCAUUUCUUCAUUCCUCUAAAGAAGAAGUUAGCAGCUAUUAGAAAGUCUAAAACUCCUCCAAAUUUAAUAGCCGAGGCGGCAGAAGGCUGGAGGUAUUUUGAGCUAUAUUAUAAUGGCCAUCGGGUAACGCUUGUUGUUGCAGCUGCUGGUGCAAAACGUAAGAGCGAGACGACUCUUCCGCCGACUGAGAAGAAAGCGCGUCAAAAAAGUCCUCGUCCAAAAUCCAAAUCACCGCGCCCAAAAUCGCCACAGCCAAAGUCCCCGCUGCCGGCGCCGACUCCACACACUGCAGAUGAGGAAAAAAGCGAAGCUGAAACCGGUGGUAUCAUUCCGACGGCAGCAGCAACUGGUAGACAUGACGAAGACGUAGUCAGUGACAAAAAAGAUGAAAUGCUAAGUAUGAAAGCAAAAGAGCUGCGAAAAAAGUCAGAAGAUAGCUCAGUGAUUGAUCAAAUGGAGGUGUCGAAAACUGAUGAGAUGCGAAAUGUGGCUGCGGAAGAACCGACAGUAGCGACUGUGCAAGCGGAUCAGGUUGACAGAAAAGAGUUACGCCAAAAAGAUGAAUCGAAACAUGAAGCAAAAAAGCCUACUCCGGAGCCAGAGACAAGCAUACCGAUGCAGCAGACCCCGUCUACAGCAAAGAAAACAACGGCUGAGAAAGAUGAGCGACGUGCUGGUCCAAGAGCAAAGAAGCAACCACCUGUUGUUAUGGAAGCUGCCAAAUCUAAGGUCACAUUCACAUCUUUAAAAGUGCUCAUUUUUGAAAUUAUUUUAAAUUGA